CCGUGUUGCAGACCUGGGACUCAAAUGGGACAUUGGGGACAGGGUUUGGGGACAGCUUGUAGGUGAUGGGGGUUGUUUAUCCUCUAGGGUGGGCUGUGGAUUUAACCUGGGAGAGCCCCCAAUCCUGCACAGGGGCUGGGAGGGUAAAGCUGGGGGGUCUCUUCUGUGUGCUGAGGUGGGUCAGCCUCUGCAGCCCCUGGGGUUCCACAGCUCCGUGUUGCAGACCUGGGACCCAAAGUGGACAUUGGGGACAGCAUCUGGGGACAGCUCAGGCUGGUGGGGGUUGUUUAUCCCCCAUGUCCGGAAGCGCUGUGCUGGGAAGGAAAGGGAGGGGACAGCCAGGGCUGCUCCCAGCGCUGGAGUGGGAGAGCUGCUCCCAACUGGACCCCAAGAUAUCCCCAUUUUUGUGGUUCCAGUUGUGGUUCCUCAACCUCCAGCAUUGCCCCUUCCUUCCCUCCCCAGCUUUUGUGGCUCUGCAGUGACUGAAAGGGCAGCGAGCUGCAGGAGGGGCUGGACAGUGCCAGGGAGAAGGUGCAGAACCCCAGGGAGCAGCUGAAGCAGAGAUCAUCCCCUGUCCCAGCCUGGGGGACACAUCCUGACUGUGCCAGCACCCUGUGAGGAGCCAGUGGCACCACCAUGUUCCAGGAAGAAGGUACAGCAGAGCCCCAGGGAACCCCAGCAAUGGUGUGACCCCUGUCCACCCCCUCUAUCAGCACCAAUGUCCAUCCCAUCCUGGCCCCAUUUCUCUUGGGGUUUUGAUCCUAAAAGCACCUUUCACCCCAAACCUGACUUACAGGGUGCUGGGCUGCCCCAGCUUCUGUCCCCAUGUCCUCCCCAGGAGCCAUCCACACUGGGUGCAGAGGGUGGUUGGUCCCAGAUGGAGCAGGGGGGACACAGAAAUUAUCACUGGUGGGGCAUACAGGGGGGAAUCCCUGCAUGGCCCACCUUAAUCCAUCCCCUAGGAGCUGAGGAGCCCUUUGAACACCGUGACGUGGUCAUCAACAGCCAGGACAAGGUUUCAGAUGUCUACACACAGCUGGAGAAGCUUGGGGAGGGGAAGUUUGGGAUGGUGUACAGGCUGCAGGAGAAGGCCACGGGCAGGAUCCGGGCUGGGAAAUAUUUCCGAGCGCGCACGGCCAAGGAGAGGCAGGCGGCGCGCGCCGAGGUGGAGCUGAUGAACCUCCUGCACCACCCGCGCCUCGUGCAGUGCCUGGAGGCCUUCCAGGAGCCCACCCAGCUGGUGAUGGUCAUGGAGUACGUGGCAGGUGGGGAGCUCUUUGAGCGCAUUGUGGACGAUGACUUCGAGCACACGGAGCCCAGCAGUGCCCAGUACAUGCAGCAGAUCCUGGAGGGGCUGCAGUUCAUGCACGGCCAGGCCAUCGUGCACCUGGACCUCAAACCCGAGAACAUCGUCUGCGUCAGCCCUGGCAGCCACUGCGUCAAGAUCAUUGACUUCGGGCUGGCACGGAAGCUGGCUCCAGACACCCCUGUGAAGGUUCUCCACGGCACCCCAGAGUUCAUGGCUCCAGAAGUGGUCGCCUUCGAGCCUGUGAGCUUGUCCACGGACAUGUGGAGCGUUGGUGUCAUCUGCUACAUCCUGCUGAGUGGGGAGUCACCCUUCCAGGGGGACACGGACAUGGAGACCCUGAGCAAUGUCACAGCUGCCCGGUGGGACUUUGAGGAGGAGAGCUUCUUGGAGAUCUCCCAGCAAGCCAAGGACUUCAUCAGCCAACUGCUGCAGAAGGAGCCCAGCCGGCGGCUCCCCAGUGCAGGGGCUCUGCUGCACCCCUGGCUGCAGCAGCCCCAGCCCAGCAGCCCCAAGGUGCUGUCCAAGGAGAGGAUCAGGCAGUUCCUGGCACGGAGGAAGUGGCAGAAAACAGGGAAAGCCCUGCUGGCGCUCAAGAGGCUGACCCUGCUGUCCCAGAGCCUGGAGGGGAAGGCAUCAGAGGCUCAGGUUGAGGAAGGCCUAGAGGAGGACCAGCCCUCCAGAGCUCUGCCCCAACCAGGUGCCAACCCCUCAGAGCUGCCACCAGACCAGGAGGAAGAGGAGGAUGGUGGGAGCACUGCAGCCUCAGGGCAGUGACAGCAUGGCCCUGUCAGCCCAUCCUGGAGCACCUGGAGAUGGGGAUGGAGCCCCCCAGCAGCUCCCGGGGUGACCUGGCCAGCGUGGGACACACCCAGACCCUCCUGGGGUGAGCUCUGGUGUCACUGGUGUCCCUUGGUGCUGUCCCUGUCACCAAUAAAGCCCUGACAACCUCUGCACUCCCUGUGCUGCUCCUAUUUCCCCCAAACUCGCUGGCACAGGUAGGAAGGAGCUGCUCAAGCUGUGCCCACCCUUUGGGAGCUGGCAUCAGGCUCUGGGCCACCGGCCUGGUCAUCUCCAGCAGUGAUGGGCACAGCAGCCAUGGGUAUUCCUUGCUCAGAAGAGAAUUCCUUCCUUAUCAGAGGGGUUGUUAUCAUGUUCUGAGCUCACAUGGGCCAGGAUGAGCCUUGAGGCCUCUGCUCUGUCCAUUUCUGGGGCUGGGAAUGGCUGUGGGAGCUCCAGCCAUGGCCUGAGGAGGCAGAAUUUGGUGUUUGGGAGCCCUGGGGAGGAACCCAGGCACACUCUGAGAGUCACCCAGCUGGGACAGGGACUAGGCUGGGCUCCUGCUGGGCACUAGGGUGGCCACUGAGCCUCAGGGUGCCCUUGGGAAGGGUGGGGAUGGAGCCUGGGCUGCAGGAGAAGGGAGGGAUCACUCCCAGGUUCAGUGAGGGACUCCCAAAAUGAGGGAGGGAUCACUCCCAAAAUCAGGGAGGGAUUCCCACAUUC